CACCGAAGCAGAGUGCACUGAACUCAACCACUACGCUACAGGGCCUGCCCCACCUUUGUUGCUUUUUAAUUAGGCAUUUUAUUUGAUUUAACUUUAAUCUCCUCUCUUAGUGUAUAUUAGUUACCUAUUCCUAUUAGUAACAAUAACACAAAUUUGGUGAUGUAAAACAACACAAUUUAUUAUCCACAGUUCUUGGAUGUUCUGGUUUUUUCUUUCUUUCCCCUCUUUGUGUUUCAGUUUUCAGUUUGAGAAGUAUUUAUUGACCUAUAUUCAAGCUCCCUGUUUCUUUCUUCGGCUGUGUGGAGUCUGUUGAUGAGCCCGUGACAGGCAUUCUUCGUUGCUGUUACAGUGGUCUUGAUUUUUAGCAUUUCCUUUUGAUUCUUAGAGUUUCCAUCUCUGUUUUUACAAUAUCCAUCUGUGCUUACAUAUUGUCUUUUUUUUUCCGUUAGAGCUCAUAACAUAUUAAUUACAGAUAUUUUAAGUUCCCUGUUUGAUAAUCCCAAAGUCUGUGUCAUCUGAGUCUGCUCUAAUGAUUGCUUUGUUUCCCCAGACUGUCUUUUCCCUUGCCUUUUGGUAUGCCUUAUAUUUUUGUGGUGUUGUUUUUGAAGGCCUGACAUGUUGUAUCAAGUAAUAGGAACUAAUAGGGGUUUGGCUGUGCUUCAUGUUUGCUGUAGCUACUACAGAUGCCAGAGCCUUCAAAUUCUUCUUGUCUCCUUGUUUUUAUCUGCCCUCUUGACUUUGGGGUUUUCCAAGUACUCUUCCUGAGAGUCCGUGUCUUGCAGCUCCUUCAGCUGUAACCCACCUUUAAUCUGUUUGGAGCCCUGUUGAUGUGGUGGUAAAGUGUCAGGGAGAUAAGAGCUCUGUCAUCUUCUGAUUGAAUCUCAGCCUGUGUCUCAGGGCCAUGACCUGCACAACUGUUCUCCAGACGUGUAGUUUUUUCCCCUAAAACCUGCUCCCUUCCCUAGCUGCAGUGUUUCCAAUCUCUUUCCUGGAAGCCUUGACCUUUGUUGAUUAUCUUUCCCCCCUUGGGUCUGGCUGGAAGGCUAGAAGGGGCUGGAGUGGGAGGAAUGCCUCUUCUCACCCAGGAGAGCGCUCUGACAGUAUCUUUUCCCCUGGAGCAUAUGCCUUAGUUGUGGAGACGGCCGUGGGUGUAUUUCACAAUGGUUAUUCUUCCCCUUCCCUACUAGGGUCAGGAGGGGGUCUUUCUGGGAUCUUCACCUUCAUGGUGAGGACCACAGAACUGUGUGCGCCCCCCACCCCCAAACUGCAUCCCGGGAGUUUCUCACUCUCACACCAGUUCACGCCCAGCCUCCAGCACCAGUUUAUGGCUCCAGCAGCCUCUGCUCCAGGUGGUAUAACAAAAAGUGAUUAAGGACGUAGGUUUGACAUCAGAUGACUGGGAUUCAAAUCUCAGUUUCUCCACUUCCUAGCUGUCUGUCUUUAAAGCAAGUUACUUAAUUUCUCUAAGAUCAAGAGGAUAAGAAGGAAAUUGAAAAUGUCCCCUCAGCUAUGCUAGGUCUAUAAUGGGAAGUGUCACAGUUCGAUAUUUCUGUUACGGAUGCCUUUUUACAUCUGCGACCUGGACGGUUUUGCUUUUUGUGUAUUUCAACUUCAGUGAAGUGACUCAGCCACUUAGGAAUGUGCCCAUCAAGGGGUCUGGGCCCCAUGGACCUUUCCCCAAAAAGUUCUAUCCCCGUUUCACUCGAGGUCCAAGUCGAGUAUUAGAAUCACAGUUCAAAGUAAACAAAAUUGAUGAUAUGAGAGAUAAUAAUCAUAUUGAAGAUUCAGAAAAAGACAACGUGAAAUUCUCUUCUGAAUUGGGUAUGAUUUUUAAUGAGCGUGAUCAGGAGUUGAGAGACUUGGGCUAUCAGAAGCAUGCCUUCAAUAUGCUCAUCAGUAACCGCUUGGGCUACCACCGAGAAGUGCCAGAUACGAGGAAUGCAGCGUAUGUUCCUCAUGAGCCUCUGCUAAUCCUUCCACAGCAGUGCUUUUGGUGCCGGUGUAACAGAUGUAAAGACAAGUCUUACCCCACAGACCUGCCAGUUGCUAGCGUUGUUAUUUGUUUCUACAAUGAAGCCUUGUCUGCCUUGCUCCGGACCGUGCACAGCGUCCUAGACCGCACGCCAGCCCGGCUUCUUCAUGAAGUUAUCCUUGUGGAUGAUGACAGUGACUUUGAUGAUUUGAAAGGAGAACUAGAUGAAUAUGUCCAAAAAUACCUCCCUGGAAAAAUUAAAGUAAUAAGAAAUACAAAGCGUGAGGGAUUGAUUCGAGGAAGAAUGAUCGGAGCAGCUCACGCAACAGGAGAAGUCCUGGUGUUCCUGGACAGCCACUGUGAAGUGAAUGUGAUGUGGCUGCAGCCCUUGCUGGCUGUCAUCCAGGAGGACCGGCGGAUGGUGGUGUGCCCGGUGAUCGACAUCAUCAGUGCUGACACGCUUGCCUACAGCUCCUCCCCUGUGGUGCGGGGAGGAUUCAACUGGGGCCUGCACUUCAAGUGGGACCUCGUGCCCCUUUCCGAGCUCGGAGGACCAGAAGGAGCUACCGCACCAAUAAAGUCGCCUACCAUGGCUGGAGGACUGUUCGCCAUGAGCAGACGGUAUUUCAGUGAGCUUGGACAGUAUGACAGUGGCAUGGAUAUCUGGGGAGGAGAAAAUUUAGAAAUAUCAUUCCGGAUUUGGAUGUGUGGAGGUAAACUCUUCAUCAUCCCUUGCUCUAGAGUCGGACAUAUUUUCCGGAAAAGGCGGCCAUAUGGUUCUCCUGAAGGCCAGGACACCAUGACACACAACUCCUUGAGGCUGGCAUAUGUUUGGUUGGACGAAUACAAGGAGCAGUAUUUUUCCUUAAGACCUGAUCUGAGGACCAAAAGCUAUGGAAAUAUCAGCGAGCGUGUUGAAUUGAGGAAGAAAUUGGGUUGUAAAUCAUUUAAAUGGUAUUUGGAUAAUAUUUACCCAGAGAUGCAGAUUUCUGGGCCCAAUGCCAAACCCCAGCAACCCAUUUUUAUCAAUAGAGGGCCAAAACGUCCCAAAGUCCUUCAGCGUGGACGGCUCUGUCACCUCCAGACCAACAAGUGUCUAGUGGCCCAGAGCCGCCCAAGUCAAAAGGGAAGCCUAGUAGUGCUUAAGGCAUGUGACUACGGUGACCCAAAUCAGGUCUGGAUUUAUAAUGAAGAGCAUGAAUUGGUUUUAAAUAAUCUCCUCUGCCUGGAUAUGUCCGAAACUCGCUCCUCAGACCCGCCGCGACUCAUGAAGUGCCAUGGGUCAGGAGGAUCCCAGCAGUGGACCUUUGGGAAGAAGAAUCGGCUGUACCAGGUGUCAGUUGGACAGUGCCUGAGGGUGGUUGAUCCACUGAGUCACAAAGGCCAUGUCGCUAUGGCAAUCUGCGAUGGCUCUUCCUCACAGCAGUGGCAUUUGGAAGGUUAAGGUGGACGCCACGGCUAGAAUGGUGAUUCGUUAUGCGUAUCCUGUGGAGAGACAGCAGAUAGCUAAAGGUGGGAGCACCGAGUGACCGUUAGCAGGUGAAGAAGGGUGUUUCACCAAGACACUGAGGUCAUUUCUGAGCUGCUGUUAAGGAAUUUCUUGCUCGUGGUAGGAAACCAGAUUGCAAUUUUAACUCUGUAAAGAGUCAGGUUUGUACAAAAGGACAAAACCCUGGAAAUUGACGUGUCUAUUCAAAUUAAUUUAUGCUUCUUUUUAAUUUCCUUUAAUAAUGGAAUGGUGUUUAUCUGAUCAGGAACUUGUGAUUUCCUUUCUUAGAAGACUUCAUAGGAGACAGUUAAUUUCUUUUUUUUACUUCUAUUUUCAUGUUCUAAAUAGAUAAUUUUAAACUGGUUGAAUCCACAUUACUUUUAACUUCAGAAGACAUCAUUUAUGAGAUUAUAUUUAAGAGGCAGUUAACUAUUAUAAAUUAUUUUGAUGAUUUAUGGUAUUAUCUACAUUUAAAAUAAAAGAUCUUUUUGAUUAUUUACCUA